AUGAGUGAAGACGUGGAGCUUGACAGCGCAAAGGAGCGCAGGAGGCGACAAAAUCGACUCAACCAGCAGGCUCGGCGGAAGCGGCUAGGCAUCUUGGCACAGGCUCAAGGCCCAGCGCGUAAAUGGAUCAUAUACUCGGCCGGGCUCGACGAGAAUGAGAAGCACGACAAGGUGGCAUCAUCGCCAUCCAUCGAAAAAUGGAUUUUUUGCCAGUCCAACGGGCCAGAGCGGUCGGAGUUUCUCAAGCGCCUUCAAGAUGCUGUGACGCGUGACCCCGCGCGACCGUCUUUCGAUGCCCAACUUUUGACCAAUGUGACGCAGUUCAACAUAAUCAAGGCCAUGGCCAAGAAUGCUGCAUAUUUCGGGUUCACACUCGAACUUUUAUGCGAGGAUCUAAUUUCGCCCUUCAACGCCUCCGGUCCGGCCAUUUCUGCAUCCGGCUGUCUGCCGCCAAGUCUUGCGCCCACGGCAGUCCAGAAACAGAUAGUUCACCAUCCUUGGAUCGACGUCUGCCCGAUUCCGUCACUUCGGAACGCGAUGCUUCUCAACGCCGGCACGUAUGACGAAGACGAGCUGUGCAACGACUUGUUCACUGGGUCGGGGAGCGACAGCGAGCACCAGGUUGGCUUCGUUGUCUGGGGCGAAUCUUGGGAUCCAGCGGCGUACGAGAUUUCCGAGGUUUUUGCGCUUAAGUGGCAGAAACUCUUGAGGAUGUCGGUGGACGUCGUGGUGUCAACGAAUUAUUGGCGCUCGAGAAGGGGACAGGCUCCAAUACGGCUUCAAAUGGGGUCGGCCUAG